AUGGUGGCUAUCAACGACUUUAAAGCAUCAUACGGUGACGAUGACACAUCAGAGGGUACAGUUGCAGAGAACAUCAGCCUAGAUGACUACAGGCUCCGAAAUAUCACUGUCGGACUGGCGAAGCAAGGGUCGCCGAACCCUAUUGGCAUUAUCGGCCUUGGCUCGCCAAUGGGUCGUUACAAUGGCACCUACGGCGCCAGGAGCGAUGUGCUUGAGAGCAUGGUCGACCAGGGACUGAUCAAGACGCACAGCUUUGCGAUGUAUAUGGGCGAGCAUCCGAGCAUCGUCUUCGGUGGUUACGAUACCUCCAAGUUCGCCGGCAGGCUGACUGAGGUCCCUCUGCAGCCCAACCUGACCGGCUCCAUGGAUAACUAUCGAGUCAACAUCACCUCACUGGGCGUCACACACUCGAAUGAGUCCUCCACCCAACUUUCACCAGCAGCUUUCAGUGUCAAUGCAAUGCUAGACAGUGGCACUGAGGUAUCAUUUCUGCCACUGUCAUUGCUCCAUCCGCUUGCCGCUGCGCUCAGGCCUCUCGGCGUGUAUGACAGCCCGCAAGCCGAAGAUGAAUACCUAGCACCAUGCACUAUCCGUGAUCAGCCUGGUGGCCUGGAAAUCGAUUUACUGGCCCGCUCCAAGGACCAGAAAGCGCAAUUCCGGAUCACUUAUUGCGAUCUGUUCGACGUCGCUUACAACAACGAUGAAAGCGGUGAAGCGAUCGUCAAAGAUGGUAUUCUACAAUGUCAACUGAGAGUGUUCGGAACCGCAGAACAAAAUACCAUUGGUCUGAACUUGCAAUUCAUGCGAUCUAACUAUGUCGUCCACAACAUGGACGAGCUCGUCCUUGGCAUAGCGCAAGCAGUCGAGUCGUCAGGCGACCCUGAUCUCCGUGAUAUCUGGCCAGGUGAGAAAUUCAGCAUGGAUCUGGAUCUGAGGCAGCAACAAAGACAGUAG